GGGGGACUUCACCCUGAUCCGGGUCACGAGUGAUCCGGAUCAGUGACGUAGCGGACUAGCUGGUCCCCUCGGGCUUCGCGCUGCCGCUCCUAAGCUAACUGAGCUAACUGCACCUGAUCCCGCACGAAUGAGCUCCGUUCAAACGGGUCCGAUGGGGCAGCGACCAGCCGUUACCGGCCCGUUAUGAAACGGGAGUCCCGUGUCACCGGGAGAUCCGAGACACGAGCCGGUUUACCGGAAGCAGGCUGCCUGUAGCCCGUCACUGGAGACUACACCUGUUAGCUCACAGGGCUAACAGGUGUAGUCCGUCUGGCCCGCUUCGCACCUGCCGAGUGAAGGCAGGGCGCUCAAGUUGUGAAGACAGGCAAGCUGACAUUUCCAUCAUCACCCGAUGUUGACGGAGGGGGGGGGGCUCUGCGGCGACCGCGAUCGGCGCAUUGAGCGCCCUGCAUGCAAACAUUCAAGAGCCGAGAGGUUUUCAGCGUGAGAAAUACGAUGUGUGGCGGGAGACGCGGACCACACCAGAGAAGUUCUACAUAGAGGCUCUUGAUGAUGGAUCUGAGGACGUCCUGUCCAUCGACAGAGUGUCCACCGAGACCACCCUCACAGUGAGGAGGGACGUCCCCGUGGUGGCUGAGUCCAGACCGAUCUGUGGCCUGAUGGGGACCGUCCGCCUGGUGGCAGGCAUGUACCUGGUGGUCAUCACAAAGAAGAAGAAGGUGGGCGACCUGCUGGGCCACGCGGUGUGGAAGGCCGUGGACUUCGACAUCAUCUCCUACAAGAGGACGAUACUGCACCUGACGGACGACCAGAUGCAGGACAACAAGGCGUUCCUCUCCAUGAUCCACGGCGUGCUCCACACCGACGGCUUCUACUUCGCCACGGACUACGACCUGACGCACACGCUGCAGCGCUUAGCCAACACCAGCCCCGAGUUCCACGAGAUGAGCCUCCUGGAGAGGGUUGAAUUUCCUCAGCUGCCUCAGGAAGAACAUCCUCUGCUGGGCCUUCUUGGAGAUGGAGCCGAUGUUCAGCUCCCACUUGAGGUCCUGGGAGAUGAUGGAGCCCAGGAAGCGGCAGAUCAGCGUUUCGUCUGGAACGGCCACCUGCUGAGAGAAUUCAUGUUGCAGCCAGAGUUGCACAAGUUUGUGUUUCCCGUCGUCCACGGCUUCAUCACCAUGAAGUCGGGCUGCAUCGGGGGGAGGGUCUUCGAUUGGAUCAUCAUCUCCAGGAGGAGCUGCUUCAGAGCCGGAGUCCGCUACUACGUCCGAGGCAUCGACUCUGAAGGCCACUCUGCCAACUACGUGGAGACGGAGCAGAUCGUGCAGCACAGCGGCGCCAAGGCGUCGUUCGUCCAGACGAGAGGCUCCAUCCCCUUCUACUGGUCCCAGCGGCCCAACCUCAAGUACAAGCCCAAACCGCAGAUCAGCAAAACGGGGAACCACUUGGACGGAUUCCAGAGACACUUUGACUCUCAGAUUAUUCUCUAUGGAAGACAAGUCAUCUUGAACUUGAUCAACCAGAAGGGCUCCGAGCAGCCGCUGGCGCUGGCCUUCGACAAGAUGGUGACCGGCCUGGGCAACGGCAUGGUCAAGUACAUCGCCUUCGACUUCCACAAGGAGUGCAGCCGCAUGCGGUGGCACCGCCUGCAGAUCCUGGUGGACAUGGUCGCCGAGACGCAGGACGAGUUCGGAUAUUUCCUGGUGGACGCGGACGGGAAGGUGAUGCUGACCCAGGAGGGAAUGUUCCGGAGCAACUGCAUGGACUGCCUGGACCGCACCAACGUCAUCCAGAGCAUGCUGGCCCAGCGCUCGCUGCAGCUGCAGCUCCGGAGGAUGGGCGUCCUCCACGCCGGCCAGCAGAUCGAGGAGCAGGCCGACUUUGGCAAGAUGUUCAAGAACGCCUGGGCCGACAACGCCGACGCCUGCGCCAAGCAGUACGCCGGCACCGGCGCCCUGAAGACCGACUUCACCAGGACCGGGAAGAGGACCCAGUGGGGGCUGGUGAUGGACGGCUGGAACUCCAUGAUCCGAUAUUACAAGAACAAUUUCUCCGACGGUUUUAGACAGGACUCCAUCGAUCUGUUCCUGGGGAACUACGCCGUGGACGAGGCGGACCGGGCCGACCCGCUGCGUGACCCCAAAGACUGGAAGUUCCUGACGUUGCCCAUCGUCAUGGUGGUGGCGUUCUCCAUGUGCAUCAUCUGCCUGCUGAUGGCCGGCGAGACGUGGACCGAGACGCUGGCCUACGUCCUGUUCUGGGGCUCGGCCAGCGUGGUGACGGGCGGCCUCAUCCUCUUCAACGGGCUGGACUUCGUCGACGCCCCCAAGCUGGUCCAGAAGGAGAAGCUGGACUGAAUGUGUGCGUGUGGAAAGCAGCUCGGCCCCGGGGACCUCGCCGCCUCCUCCUCCUCCGGCUCUUUGUCACUUUACCCCCAGCAUCAGCACCCGCAGGCCUGGAGCCUUUACUAACGGAGGGGGGGGCGGUGGUGAAGCGGGGGCCGGGGCGUGGGCGUGGCCUGUGAGUGCACGGGGCCGGCUGCUGUCCACACGGCAGCGACUGUCGCGUGGACGGGACUGUCUGUCCGCGCUGGACCAGAACCUCCGGGUUCGUUCUUUUUCUGGAUGUGAUUCUGUUUCCAUGGUUUCAGAGGAAUGCGGCGGGACCGACGCGUCGACGUCCCGCCGGCGUCCCUCGGCGGGCGCGUCGGGGUCGGUUCAGGUGUCCUUCUAUUAAUUUGUAUUAUUAUUAUUGCCAAUUUCCGUUCAUCCCCAGGCGCUCUGCUGACGAGCCCCUCUCGACCUUUGACCUCUUCGGCGUCUCAAAAGGCCGCGCCUUCACUUCAUAUCGAAAUCCGACAGGUUUGCUGUGUAUUUCCUGCCGACGCGGUGAGACGUCAGCGGCUGUUUAUUCACCGUGAAAAGUGAUUUUUGCACAGAAGCGUUUUCUUAAUCCUCGAGUCAGAACAAACGGAAGCUGUUGUGACGCCGCGUUACCGUGGAGAUCUCUUUACAGGGCGGUGUGCGGCGGCGUUUAGGUAUCGAGCCACCGGCACGCGUCGAGUUCGUGAUGACGUCGUCGAGUUGUUUUAAUUAGCCGUAGCCUCCGGCUGUCAGACCUCCCCAAGAAGAUCAACACGACUAAACUACAAACAUGGCUGCUUGUUGUCCUGUGAGACCCCCAAUAAGAGCACACGGACUACAAAUAUGGCUGUUUGUAGUCCUGUGAGACCCCCAAGAAGACCACAAGGACUACAAACAUGGCUGUUUGUAGUCCUGUGAGACCACCAAGAAGACAAAAAGGACUACGAACAUGGCUGUGAGACCACUAGGAAGAUUACAAACAGCCAUGUUUGUAGUCCUUGUGGUCUUCUUGGUGGUCUCACAGGACUACAAGCAACCCCCCCCCAAGAAGACCACAGGGACUACAAACAGCCUUGUUUGUAGUCCUUUGAGACCUCCAAGAAGACUACGAGGACUACAAACAGCCUUGUUUGUAGUCCUGUGAGACCUCCCCCCAAGAAGACCAAAAGGAUUACAAACAGCCAUGUUUGUAGUCCUUGUCCUGUCAGACUUUCUUUCUUUCUUUCGUCAAAGUAUUUGACUCAUGGAUUGCUGUCGGGAUGCGAUGAUAAUUUAAAGAUAUGAUUUCCCGAAGACGAGCCUCUCUGGUGACGGCUUCGGUUUCCUGGUUUGUUUUCGGGCCGAGCUGCACGGAUCACUUCAGAUUCUGUGCCCGAUAUGUUAAUCUGUGACAUUCCUGACGAUGUUGUUAAGCGCUAAAAAUCCUGAAUGUUUCUGUUGUGCUGGGCAGCUGGAGGCCGCGGGGCUCCGGCUGCCCGAGGGAACCUUCACCUGGACGACGGCCACGCCAACGCAUCGUUCACUCUGUACAUGUAGAUUUAUGCUUCUUGAUCAAAGUGGUUUCUGAGAAUCUUUUGGCAUUCACCGAGUUACUCGUACUUAGGUUUAUUUCUUGGGUACAACAAUUACACGAGUGGUCCAGACCUGUAGCACGAGUCGUGAACGUUUUUAAUUAAAAUAAAGUGUUAUGCCUUAAUCUGAAUGAAUUUGCAGUUUAAAUAUGAUACUGAAAUUAGAUGAAAUAAAAAUAUUUAAGAAAAACUUCA